AUGGCGGAAAACAGGAGCUCUCAGCGGAGGCAGGGGAAGGAACCUGCUGAAGAAUUGCUUGCCCGGCUCACGCUACAGGAGGAAGAAGAGGACGAAUUCAUAUGGGAGGAGGAGCUGCCGGAUAUGGUAGAACCGGCGAAGUGGUUAGCAAUUGCCAGAGUCCAUACACCAAAGACCUUCAGCCCUAAUGCGCUGUAUAAUGACAUGCGUGUGGCAUGGAACCCUGCCAAACAGGUGGUAUGGAGGAAGAUCAAAACUAAUUUGUUCACAGCGCAGUUUGGGUGCCUGGGUGAUUGGAAUAAGGCGAUGGUUGAAGGGCCGUGGUUAUUCAAGGAGCAGGCUGUGAUCAUGGAGGAAUAUGACGGGUUUAAAAACCCUGAUACUUUCGAGCUAGAUAAGCUCUCUGUGUGGGCACAAAUUCAUCGUUUGCCGGAUAAGUUCUUGAUUGAGCGUGCUGUAAAGGGUUUGGCAUCUAGAAUUGGAGAAGUGGAAGAAGUACAACUGAAGCUACCGGCGGGUUUCUUUGGUGAAUUUGUGAGGGUUAAAGUCAAGAUAGAUAUUAAUGCUAAGAUAAAACAUUUUGUUACUGCAAAGAAGGGAGAAGAAAGUGGGAAGUACCAAGUGAAAUAUGAGAAGCUACCAACUUUUUGCUACAACUGUGGCGAGUUUGGUCAUUGGCAUGAGGAAUGUGGAGAUGGGGAGCAUGAUGAGUCUACCUUUGAGUUGGGGGAUUUUCUGUUUGCUGACAACGUACGGUUCAAACCAGCUGGUAGGGGAAAUUAUGUCCCGCAAUGGGGAGGGGGAAGACAAGGAACAUGA